AAUAAUAGUACAUAGUACGAGCUAGAAGAGUUCCGUGUUGAAGUUAUUGAAUCGCAGAAACACAGUUAAAACGAGAGAACAAAAUUCAUCAUUCUGUGAACACAACACAACAAUCGAAUCGAAUCGAGUUCUUCCGUGAUUCACAAUGGGCUCGGAGAAUGAAAUUUCUCCGGCCGAUGCUCUUAAGGCUCCCGGCAAAGAACAACAAGCCGCCGGCGUCGGAAUUCUUCUUCAGAUCAUGAUGUUGGUCUUGUCCUUCGUUCUCGGUCACGUUCUCCGUCGCAAGAAGAUUUACAUUAUUCCUGAAGCCAGUGCUUCUCUUCUCAUAGGGUUAAUUGUUGGUGUUUUAGCUAACAUUUCAGAUACUGAAACUAAUAUCAGGGCUUGGUUCAAUUUUCAUGAGGAGUUUUUUUUCCUGUUCCUGUUACCUCCGAUCAUAUUUCAGUCUGGUUUCAGUCUUGCACCUAAACCCUUUUUCUCAAAUUUUGGUGCAAUUGUGACAUUUGCUAUAUUUGGUACCUUUCUUGCUUCAGUUGUGACGGGUGUCUUGGUUUAUGUUGGUGGGUUGGUCUUCCUUAUGUAUAGACUACCUUUUGUUGAGUGCCUGAUGUUUGGCGCCCUUAUAUCAGCAACCGAUCCUGUUACGGUUUUGUCCAUAUUUCAGGAGCUGGGCACUGAUGUCAAUCUAUAUGCUUUGGUUUUUGGAGAAUCUGUUUUGAAUGAUGCAAUGGCAAUUUCUCUGUACAGGACAAUGUCAUUGGUUAGAAAAAAUCCAUCUGGACAAAAUUUCUUCAUGGUGGUUGUUAGAUUUUUGGAGACUUUUGUUGGGUCUAUGUCUGCAGGUGUUGGAGUUGGGUUCACAUCUGCUUUGCUAUUUAAGUAUGCAGGCUUGGAUGUUGACAACCUUCAGAAUUUGGAGAGCUGUCUUUUUGUUCUCUUCCCAUAUUUCUCGUACAUGCUGGCUGAAGGCCUUGGUCUGUCUGGUAUUGUAUCAAUAUUAUUCACAGGAAUUGUGAUGAAGCACUAUGCGUUUUCAAAUUUGUCACGAAGUUCUCAAAGAUUUGUCUCUGCUUUUUUUGAGUUGAUAUCAUCAUUAGCAGAAACAUUUAUAUUUAUAUAUAUGGGCUUUGACAUUGCUAUGGAACAACAUAGCUGGUCUCAUGUUGGAUUUAUAUUCUUCUCCAUUAUAUUCAUUGUAGUUGCAAGAGCCGCAAAUGUCUUUUCUUGUGCUUACCUGGUCAAUCUUGUCAGACCUGCACAUCAACAGAUACCUUCAAAAUACCAAAAAGCACUUUGGUAUAGUGGACUUCGAGGGGCAAUGGCCUUUGCCCUUGCUCUGCAAUCAGUUCAUGAUCUUCCAGAAGGACAUGGACAGACCAUUUUCACUGCAACUACAGCAAUAGUUGUUUUGACGGUAUUGCUGAUUGGUGGUUCAACAGGUACCAUGCUGGAAGCUCUAGAUGUCGUAGGUGGUGAAGAUCACAGUGAUAGCUCUUUGGCUUCAGUUGGUCCCAUCACAAAUUACGAGGAGGAGAAUGGUUAUAUUGCUCCAUCAUAUGAUGAUGAAUCAUCGUCAUCUGGGAACAAAAUAAAGAUGAAGCUAAAAGAAUUCCACAAGAGUGCUGCAUCUUUUACGGCUUUAGAUAGAAACUAUCUUACCCCAUUCUUUACAAGCAAUAAUGGAGACGAAGAUGAAGAAGCCCAGCCUUUUACUUCCAGAAGAUCUUUUACUUCUUCAAGAUCAGGAUUUCACGGCCAGAGCCCAUAUUCAUCACCAUCACCGUGAUUCUUUCAAACAAAAUAAUGUUCUCUCAAAGUCUCCUCUGUACAUAUCAGCCAUACAAUUUAUAGAGUAGGAAUUGGCAUAAUACACGAAUCUAAUUUACCUCCUGCGCUCCACAUUGUUAGACCGAGAUCUCAUGGCAAGUCAGUCUUAUUAGGUUGGACGAGGACAUCUCUGUGAAAUUGGCUUUUCAUGCAAGUUAUUGACUGUAUGCUCCUGCCAUGUAAAAUGGAGAUUCACAGUUAGGAGCCGACCACAUAUAUUUUUAUGUAUACGUCUUUACAGGUUAGGCCUAGGUUUAGUUCUAGUGAGUUCUGAAAAUCUUAUAUCACCAUUGAGACAAUUACUACAGUUAUUUUGUAUGGAUGAGUUUUGAUAUGCAUUAAACUAAUAGGAAGACUGAAAGUAGUUGGUACGUUCACACUUUACUGAAUACAGUAUUUUUCAUCA